UGCCGCUGGUUGCCGCCAGCGCAGCGCAUCCGGGCAAACGUCAGAAGAGUCAGAACGGUCGGGGCUUUGUGCGGAGGCGGUGUGCUGUGUGCGGUCGUCGCUGUGCUUUCGGCGGAUGUGAAUGACUGCUCGUGAUGUCGCGUGUCGCCCGUACGAUCCACGGAAAGAUGUCGAGGCUCCUAGGUGUCCUUCUGCUAAUCGCUGGAGCGAACUCCAUGUACGCCCCUAAUUCAGCCGUCAUUGAUCUUGAUCCAAAUAGUUUUGAUAAAUUAGUGUUAAAUAGCGAUCACAUCUGGGUGGUGGAAUUCUACGCGCCGUGGUGCGGACACUGUAAACAGUUGUUGCCGGAAUAUGACAAAGCGGCUACUGCAUUAAAGGGAGUUGUAAAAGUUGGCGCGGUAAAUGCAGACGAGCACAAGUCUCUGGGAGGCAAGUACGGGGUUCGUGGUUUCCCAACAAUUAAGAUAUUUGGGCUUGACAAAAAACCAGAAGACUAUAAUGGCCCGAGAAGCGCAGCUGGCAUUGUCGACGCUGCGUUAAACGCCGCCAGUCAAAAGGUUCGAAGAACGCUAAGUGGCAAAACUUCAGGAGGUGAAUCUAAGAGCAAAGAUCCUAAAGAUGUAAUAGAACUGACGGACGAAAACUUUGACAAGACUGUUUUAAAUUCUGAGGAUAUGUGGCUAGUUGAAUUCUACGCUCCUUGGUGCGGUCACUGCAAAAACCUAGCGCCUGAGUGGGCAGCAGCGGCUACCGAACUGAAGGGCAAAGUCAAACUGGGAGCUUUGGACGCCACUGUGAACACGUUGAAAGCAAGUAAAUACGAGAUCAAAGGCUAUCCCACUAUCAAAUUCUUCGCACCGGGCAAGAAGGACGCUGACUCGAUGCAAGACUACGACGGCGGUCGCACGAGCGGUGACAUUGUCAACUGGGCGCUCGAGAAACUAGCCGAAAAUAUCCCAGCGCCGGAAGUGGUGCAAAUAACGUCUGAGCAAAAACUGAGAGCCGCGUGCGAAGACAAGCCGAUCUGCGUAGUUUCCGUUCUGCCACAUAUCCUGGACUGUCAGUCCGAUUGUAGGAAUGGAUAUUUAAAAACUCUAACUAGCCUUGGCGAAAAAUAUAAGAAGAAGAUGUGGGGAUGGGUUUGGGCUGAAGCUAAUGCUCAACCGAACAUCGAGGAUGCAUUAGAGAUCGGAGGUUUUGGCUAUCCCGCGUUAGCGGCCGUCAAUAUCAAGAAGAUGAAAUACUCUUUGUUAAAAGGUAGUUUUUCAUACGACGGAAUAAACGAAUUCCUACGAGAUUUGAGUUAUGGCAGAGGUGGCACCGCGCCCUUGAAGGGUGCUCAAUUGCCUGUCAUCAUCGAAACAACCCCUUGGGACGGCAAGGACGCCGAACCUCCGCAGGAAGAGGAUAUCGAUCUUAGUGAUGUUAACCUAGACGAGAAAGACGAACUAUAACUUACUGAAAGCCAACGACUGAAUUCUUCUUAAAAGAAUUCAUCGCACACAACGUAUAUCGGUUCUGAUAAAAACUGAUUAAGGGCGUAAUCGCGAAUCGGUAUACGAGUCAUAUUCGCCCGGAAAUUUAUUUUGUAUCAUCAGACUUAAUAUCCAUAUAUACUUAAGAGCCUACAUCGAUUAAUUUCAUAACGAAAUUAAUGGUAAGGAAUAUAAUUCCAUUCAAUGAUUUUUGUAUGAAAACCUAAUAUCGAUACAUACAUAUAUAUAUCGAUAUAAUCAUUUGUCGCUCUGUGUAUCCUAAGGAAGACCAGUUCUCAGGUGCAAUUGUCUAGUUUUACAAAACACACGUUUAAGUAACUCUUCCAUCCGAAAAGCCAAUUUUCUACAUUUUUUUUUGCGUUGCUUUAGGAGAAAUGAACUAGUUUAGACUCCCGUCAUAAACGUACGUAUGUAACUCCUAUGUUGUUUGCAUCGUUCUCCAUGUGUCUGGAUAGGAAAAAGGUAGAGCAGUUUGAAGUACGCGCUCCGUGUGUCAUUAUGCAUUUAUUAGCCUGAUGAUUAUUUUUUAAAAGUAGGUUGUUUAAGAUACACAUAGUUUAUGUAAAAAAAUCCUAUUUGUAAUAAAUAUACAUCAUACUAUUUCUACAGAAGUCAUUUUUAUGAAUAUGAGCUUUUUACAUAUUGGUAGCGCAAGAAAAAACUCGGCAAGGCUAUUAAUUGCUUUUUCCCUAUAACGGGACCAAAUUUGGGGAUUAUAAAAAUCAGUUUGUUAUUGUGACGUGUUUUAGUAUAAAGUAUAACAUUAAUAUCCUCAGCUAAUUAAAACGAGUAUACUUUUUUGCAGUCUUUUAGAGUCUUCCAUCACAAGCAAAAUUGCUGUAUGUUAUACGCUAUUUGUACAAACUAACGAUUAUGUAACAUUUCUCAUUUAAAAUUUUUUUAGACAUUUAAUAUUUUUUCGUUUCCAACACGUGUCUAAGAUAAUCUUUAGUUUGUAUAGGUCAGUCUUCUCUUACAACGGUAUAUAUAAAUGCAAUAAAAAUGAAAUUAUUUCCAUCGAUCGCUGUAAAUACUUAUAAAAAUUCAGCCUAUUGCGUAUAUAAGGGAAUACGAAAACGCGAUCUCAAUCUUAAUAUUUUUCUACUCUAAAAAUCUAAUGGAAGUGUUAAGUUGGUAUAAAACUUAAUUGCUAUUAAACUCGUACAAAAAUACUGUUACUCUAAGUGAAUGUAUCUAUGCUUAUAAAAUAAAUGUCUGAGUUACGUU